CCUUCAGGUUUAAGUAUUAGGUUAUGGGGCUAGGAUAAGGUUUAAGGUUUUUGGCGUAAGGGUUAAAAUCACUGUCCAAUAUUUUUUAAGGAACAUGUUUCAGACCUUUUGGAGCUAGUUUGACCAUAAAAAAAAGAAAAAGAAAAAAUAUAUAUUUGGGGUGUUCGGGCUUCCUGAAGGUAUUAGGUUAUGGGGCUAGGUUAAGGUUUAAGGUUUUUGGCGUGAGGGUUAAAAUCACUGUCCAAAACCUUUGUAGGAAGUCUUUUCCAACCUUUUGGAGUUAGUCUUUUGUAGGAAGUCUUUUCCAACCUUUUGGAGUUAGUUAGACAAAAAAAAAAAGAUAAAUGAAAAAAAAAUAUUUGGGGUGUUCGGGCUUCCUGAAGGUAAUACCCGGGUAUUAGGUUAUGGGGCUAGGGUAAGGUUUAAGGUUUUUGGCGUUAGGGUUAAAAUCACUGUCCAAAACCUUUUUAGGAACAUGUUUCAGACCUUUUGGAGAUGGUUACACCAAAAAAAAUGUAAAAUGAAAAAAAAAAUUUUGGGGGUGUUCGGGCUUCCUGAAGGUAAUACAUUGUAUUACCUUUGUAGGAAGUCUUUUCCAACCUUUUGUAGUUAGUCUUUUGUAGGAAGUCUUUUCCAACCUUAUGGAGUUAGUUAGACAAAAAAAAAAGAUGAAUGAAAAAAAAUAUUUGGGGUGUUCGGGCUUCCUGAAGGUAAUACCCGGGUAUUAGGUUAUGGGGCUAGGGUAAGGUUUAAGGUUUUUGGCGUAAGGGUUAAAAUCACUGUCCAAAACCUUUUUAGGAACAUGUUUCAGACCUUUUGGAGUUGGUUACACCAAAAAAAAUGUAAAAUGAAAAAAAAAUUUUUUUGGGUGUUCGGGCUUCCUGAAGGUAAUACUUUGUAUUACCUUUAUAGGAAGUCUUUUCCAACCUUUUGGAGUUAGUCUUUUGUAGGAAGUCUUUUCCAACCUUUUGGAGUUAGUUAGACAAAAAAAGAAAGAUAAAUGAAAAAAAAAUAUUUGGGGUGUUCGGGCUUCCUGAAGGUAAUACCCGGGUAUUAGGUUAUGGGGCUAGGGUAAGGUUUAAGGUAUUUGGCGUGAGGGUUAAAAUCACUGUCCAAAACCUUUGUAGGACCUCUUUUCCAACCUUUUGGUGUUAGUUAGACGAAAAAAAAAGAAAAAGAAAAAAAAAUAUUUGGGGUGUUCGGGUUUCCUGAAGGUGUUAGGUUUUUGGGCUAGGGUAAGGUUUAAGGUUUUUGGCGUGAGGGUUAAAAUCACUGUCCAAAACCUUUGUAGGAAGUCUUUUCCAACCUUUUGGAGUUAGUCUUUUGUAGGAAGUCUUUUCCAACCUUUUGGAGUUAGUUAGACAAAAAAAAAAAGAUAGAUGAAAAAAAAAUAUUUGGGGUGUUCGGGCUUCCUGAAGGUAAUACCCGGGUAUUAGGUUAUGGGGCUAGGGUAAGGUUUAAGGUUUUUGGCGUUAGGGUUAAAAUCACUGUCCAAAACCUUUUUAGGAACAUGUUUCAGACCUUUUGGAGUUGGUUACACCAAAAAAAAUGUAAAAUGAAAAAAAUUUUUUUUUGGGUGUUCGGGCUUCCUGAAGGUAAUACUUUCUAUUACCUUUGUAGGAAGUCUUUUCCAACCUUUUGGAGUUAGUCUUUUGUAGGAAGUCUUUUCCAACCUUUUGGAGUUAGUUAGACAAAAAAAAAAAGAUAAAUGAAAAAAAAAUAUUUGGGGUGUUUGGGCUUCCUGAAGGUAAGACCUGGGUAUUAGGUUAUGGGGCUAGGGUAAGGUUUAAGGUUUUUGGCGUAAGGGUUAAAAUCACUGUCCAAAAACUUUUUUAGGAACAUGUUUCAGACCUUUUGGAGUUGGUUACACCAAAAAAAAUGUAAAAUGAAAAAAAAGUUUUUUUGGGUGUUCGGGCUUCCUGAAGGUAAUACUUUGUAUUACCUUUAUAGGAAGUCUUUUCCAACCUUUUGGAGUUAGUCUUUUGUAGGAAGUCUUUUCCAACCUUUUGGAGUUAGUUAGACAAAAAAAGAAAGAUAAAUGAAAAAAAAAUAUUUGGGGUGUUCAGGCUUCCUGAAGGUAAUACCCGGGUAUUAGGUUAUGGGGCUAGGGUAAGGUUUAAGGUAUUUGGCGUGAGGGUUAAAAUCACUGUCCAAAACCUUUGUAGGACCUCUUUUCCAACCUUUUGGUGUUAGUUAGAGCAAAAACUAACGAAAAAUAAAAAAAAUAUAUUUGGGGUUUUCGGGCUUCUGAAGGUAAUACCCGGGUAUUAGGUUAUGGGGCUAUAGUAAGGUUUAAGGUUUUUGGCAUGAGGGUUAAAAUCACUGUCCAAAACCUUUGUAGGACCUCUUUUCCAACCUUUUGGUGUUAGUUAGACCAAAAAAAACGAAAAAUGAAAAAGAAAUAUUUGCGGUUUUUGGGCUUCCUGAAGGUAAUACCCGGGUAUUAGGUUAUGGGGCUAGGGUAAGGUUUAAGGUAUUUGGCGUGAGGGUUAAAAUCACUGUCCAAAACCUUUUUAGGAACAUGUUUAAGACCUUUUGGAGUUGGUUACACCAAAAAAAAUGUAAAAAGAAAAAAUAUAUAUUUGAGUUAAUAUUUGGGUUUUUAUUUCAAGUUCAACAAUUGCAACAACCUCAAGUUCAAAAACCGCCACUAACUCAAGUUCAAAAACACCACAACCUCAAGUUCAAAAAACACCACAAACUUAAGUUCAAACACGACACAAACUGAAGUUCAACAAACACAAAAACUCGAGUUCAAAAACACCACAACCUCAAGUUCAAACACGACACAAACUCAAGUUCAACAAAAACCACAAACUCAAGUUCAAAAACAACACAAACUCGAGUUCAAAAACACCACAAAAUCAAGUUCAAACACGUCACACACUCAAGUUCAACAAUUGCCACAACCUCAAGUUCAAAAACACCACAAACUCAAGUUCAAAAACACCAGAACCUCAAGUUCAAAAAACACCACAAACUGAAGUUCAAACACGACACAAACUCAAGUUCAACAAACUCACAAACUCAAGUUCAACCAAUACCCAAUUAUCAAGUUCAACAAUUGCCAAAACCUCAAGUUCAAAAACACCACAAACUCAAGUUCAAAAACACCACAACCUCAAGUUCAAAAAACACCACAAACUGAAGUUCAAACACGACACAAACUCAAGUUCAACAAACACACAACCUCAAGUUCAAAAAACACCACAAACUGAAGUUCAAACACGACACAAACUCAAGUUCAACAAACACCACAAACUCAAGUUCAAAAACACCACAAACUGAAGUUCAAACACGACACAAACUCAAGUUAACCAAACACACAAACUCAAGUUCAACCAAUACCCAAUUAUCAAGUUCAACAAUUGCCAAAACCUCAAGUUCAGAAACAACAUACUCAAGUUAAAAAAACACACAAACUCAAGUUCAACAAAAACCACAAACUCAAGUUCAACCAACACCUGAUUCUCAAGUUUUUACAAUUUCCACAACCUCAAGUUCAAAAACAACACAAACUCAAGUAAAAAAAAAACAAACUAAAGUUCAAUCAAAGCACAAAAUCAAGUUCAACAAAAACCACAAACUCAAGUUCAACCAACACCUGAUUCUCAAGUUUUAACAAUUUCCACAACCUCAAGUUCAAAAACAACACAAACUCAAGUAAAAAAAAAACAAACUAAAGUUCAAUCAAAGCACAAAAUCAAGUUCAACAAAAACCACAAACUCAAGUUCAACCAACACCUGAUUCUCAAGUUUUAACAAUUUUCACAACCUCAAGUUCAAAAAACACCACAAACUCAAGUUCAAACACGCCACAAUCUCAAGUUCAAACACGCCACAAACUCAAGUUCAAAAACCUCCACAAACUCAAUUCAAAAAUACCACAACCUCAAGUUCAAACACAACACAAGCAGGAGUUCAACAUACACCACAAACUCAAGUUCAACAAAUGGCAAAGUUUUAAGUUCAACCAACACCCAAAUCUCAAGUUUAACAAUUGCAACAACCUCAAGUUCAAACACGCCACGAACUCAAGUCAAAAACACCACAACCUCAAGUUCAAAAACACCACAAACUCAAGUUCAACCACCACCCAAUCCUCAAGUUUAAAAAUUUCCACAAACUGAAGUUCAAAAAACCACAACCUCAAGUUAAAAAAACCACAAACUCAAGUUCAAACACGCCAAAAACUGAAGUUCAACAAACACAAAAACUCGAGUUCAAAAACACCACAACCUUAAGUUCAAACACGACACAAACUCAAGUUCAACAAAAACCACACUCAAGUACAACAAAUGUCAAACUUUUAAGUUCAACCAACACCCAAUUCUCAAUUUUAGAAAUUGCCACAACCUCAAGUUCAAAAAUAACACAAACUCAAGUUCAAACACGCCACAAUCUCAAGUUCAAACACGCCACAAACUCAAUUCAAAAAUACCACAACCUCAAGUUCAAACACAACACAAGCUGGAGUUCAACUAACACCCAAAUCUCAAGUUUAACAAUUGCAACAACCUCAAGUUCAAACACGCCACGAACUCAAGUCAAAAACACCACAACCUCAAGUUCAAAAAACACCACAAACUCAAGUUCAAACACGACACAAACUGAAGUUCAACAAACACAAAAACUCGAGUUCAAAAACACCACAACCUCAAGUUCAAACACGACACAAACUCAAAUUCCACAAACACCACGAACUCAAGUUCAAAAACGCCACAAACUCAAGUUCAAAAACACCACAAAAUCAUGUUUAAACACGUCACAAACUCAAGUUUAACAAAUGCCACAAACUCAAGUUCAACAAUUGCCACCAACUAAAGUUAUCUAAAAACAACAGACUCAAGUUCAACAAUUGCCAAAACCUCAAGUUCAGAAACAAUAAACUCAAGUUAAAAAAACACACAAACUCAAGUUAAACAAACACGCAAACUCAAGUUUAAAAACACCACAACCUCAAGCUCAAAAACGACACAAACUCAAGUUCAACAAAAACCACACUCAAGUUCAACAAAUGUCAAACUUUUAAGUUCAACCAACACCCAAUUCUCAAUUUUAGAAAUUGCCACAACCUCAAGUUCAAAAAUAACACAAACUCAAGUUCAUCCACGUCACAAACUCAAGUUCAACAAACGCCAUAAACUCAUGUUCAACAAUUGCAACCAACUAAAGUUCACUAAAAACCACAGACUCAAGUUCAACAAUUGCCAAAACCUCAAGUUCAGAAACAACAAACUCAAGUUCAAAAAACAAACGAACUCAAGUUAAACAAACAAGAAACCUCAAGUUCAAAAACACCACAACCUCAAGUUCAAACACGACACAAACUCAAGUUCAACAAAAACCACACUCAAGUGCAACAAAUGUCAAACUUUUAAGUUCAACCAACACCAAAUUCUCAAUUUUAGAAAUUGCCACAACCUCAAGUUCAAAAAUAACACAAACUCAAGUUCAUCCACGUCACAAACUCAAGUUCAACAAACGCCAUAAACUCAUGUUCAACAAUUGCAACCAACUAAAGUUCACUAAAAACCACAGACUCAAGUUCAACAAUUGCCAAAACCUCAAGUUCAGAAACAACAAACUCAAGUUCAAAAAACACACAAACUCAAGUUAAACAAACAAGAAACCUCAAGUUCAAAAACACCCAAAUCUGGAAAAAGUUUACGUUUUUCCACAACCUCAAGUUCAAACACGCCACAAACUCAAGCUCAAAAACACCACAACCUCAAGCUCAAAAAACACCACAAACUCAAGUUCAAACACUACACAAACUCAAGUUCAAAAACAACACAAACUCAAGUUCAACCAAUACCCAAUUUUUGGGUUUAACAAUUUCCAUAACCUCAAGAUCAACAAACACACAAACUCAAUUUCAAAAAUACCACAAACUCAAGUUCAAACAUGACACAAACCCAAGUUCAACAAACACACAAAAUCAAGUUCAACCAACACCUGAUUCUCAAGUUUAACAAUUUCCACAACCUCAAGUUCAAAAACAACAGAAACCCAAGUUGAACCAACACCCGAUUCUCAAGUUUAACAAUUUCCACAAACUCAAGUUCAAAAACACCACAAACUCAAGUUCAAAAACGACACAAACUAAAGUUAAACAAACAGCUCAAACUCAAGUUCAACAAAUGUCAAAGUUUUAAGUUCAACCAACACCAAAAUCUCAAUUUAACAAUUGCAACAACCUCAAGUUCAAACACGCCACAAACUCAAGUUCAAACACGACACAAACUCAAGUUCAACCAACAACCAAAUCUCAAGUUCAAAUACGACACAAACAAAAGUUCAACAAACACCACAAACUCAAGUUCAACAAAUGUCAAAAUUUUAAGUUCAACCAACACCGAAAUCUCAAGUUUCACAAUUGCAACAACCUAAAGUUCAAAAACGCCACAAACUCAAGUUCAAACACGACACAAACUCAAGUUCAACGAACACCAAAAACUCAAGUUCAAAAACACCACAAACUCAUGUUCAAACACGACACAAACUCAAGUUCAACAAACACCACAAACUCAAGUUCAACCAACACCCAAUCCUCAAGUUUAACAAUUUCCACAAACUGAAGUUCAAAAAACCACAACCUCAAGUUUAAAAAAAACACAAACUCAAGUUCAAACACACCAAAAACUUAAGUUCAACAAUCACAAAUACUCGAGCUCAAAAACACCACAACCUCAAGUUCAAACACGACACAAACUCAAGUUCAACAAAAACCACAAACUCAAGUUCAACAAAUGACAAACUUUUAAGUUCAACCAACACCCAAAUCUCAAUUUUAGAAAUUGCCACAACCUAAAGUUCAAAAGCAACACAAACUCAAGUUCAAAAACAUCACAACCUCAGGCUCAAAAAACUCCACAAACCGAAGUUCAAACACGACACAAACUCAAGUUCAACAAACACACAAACUCAAGUUCAACCAAUACAAAAUUUUCAAGUUUAACAAUUUCUAACAACCUCAAGUUCAAAAACACCUCAAACUCAAGUUCAAAAAAACCAUAAAUUCAAGUUCAAACACGACACAAACUCAAGUUCAACAAACACACAAACUCAAUUUCAACCAAUACCCAAUUCUCAAGUUUAACAAAUUCCACAACCUCAAGUUCAAAAACACCACAAACUCAAGUUCAACAAAAACCACAAACCCAAGUUCAACAAAUGUCAAACUCAAGUUAAACAAUUGCCACAAACUCAAGUUCAGAAACAACAAACUCAAGUUAAAAAAAACACAAACUCAAGUUUAACAAACACGCAAACUCAAAUUCAAAAACACCACAAACUCGAGCUCAAACACGACACAAACUCAAAUUAAAAAAAAGAAUACUCAAAUUCAAUCAACACCUGAUUCUCAAGUUUAACAAGUUCCACAACCUCAAGUUGAAAAAUAACACAAACUCAAGUACAAAACACCACAAACUCAAGUUCAAAAACACCACAACCUCAGGUUCAAAAAACACCACAAACUGAAGUUAAAACACAACACAAUCUCUUGUUCAAAAUCACCGCAAACUCAAGUUCAAACACGACACAAACUCAAGUUCAAGAAACACACAAACUCAAGUUCAACCAACACCUGAUUCUAAGGUUUAACAAUUUCCACAACUUCAAGUUAAAAAAAAACAGAAACUCAAGUUCAAAAAACACACAAACUCAUGUUCACCAAAUACCCAAAUUCAAGUUCAAAAACACCACAAACUCAAUUCAAAAACAACACAAACUCAAGUUCAAAAACACCAAAAACUAAAGUACAAUCACAACACAAAGUCAAGUUCAACAAAUGCCACAAACUCAAGUUCAAAAACGAAACAAAGUCAAGUUCAAAAACACCACAAACUAAAGUUAAAAAAAACACAAACUCAAGUUCAACAAACACACAAACUCAAGUUCAAAAACACCAAAAACUUUAGUUCAAAGACAAUACAAACUCAAGUUCACCAAACACGCAACUCAAGUUCAACCAAAACCUGAUUCUCAAGUUUAACCUUUUCCACAACCUCAAGUUAAAAAAAAAGAAACUCAAGUUCAAUAAUCACACAAUCUCAAGUUCACCAAACACGAAACAAACUCAAGUUCAAACACGACACAAACUCCAGUUCAAACACAACACAAACUCAAGUUCAACAAACACACAAACUCAAGUUCAAAAACGACACAAACUCCAGUUCAAACACGGCACAAACUCAAGUUCAACAAACACGCAACUCAAGUUCAACCAACACCUGAUUCUCAAGUUUAACCAUUUCCACAACCUCAAGUUCAAAAACAACAGAAACUCAUGUUCAAAAAACACACAAACUCAAGUUCACCAACCACGCAACUCUAGUUUAAACACAACAGAAACUCAAGUUCAACAAACACUAAAACUCAAGUUCAAAAACACCACAAACUCAAGUUCAAACACGACAAAAAACUCAAGUUCAACAAACAGACUAACUCAAGUUCAACCAACACCUGAUUCUCGAGUUUAACAAUUUCCACAACCUCAAGUUCAAAAACAAACAGAAACUCAAGUUCAAAAAACACACAAAGUCAAGUUAACCAAACACGCAACUCAAGUUCAAACACGACACAAAUUCAGGUCUACCAAAAACCACAAACUCAAUUUCAACCAACACCUGAUUCUAAGGUUUAACAAUUUCCACAACCUCAAGUUCAAAAACAACAGAAACUCAAGUUAAAAAAACACACAAACUCAAGUUCACCAACCACGCAACUCUAGUUUAAACACAACAGAAACUCAAGUUCAACAAACACUAAAACUCAAGUUCAAAAACACCACAAACUCAAGUUCAAACACGACAAAAAACUGAAGUUCAACAAACAGACUAACUCAAGUUCAACCAACACCUGAUUCUCGAGUUUAACAAUUUCCACAACCUCAAGUUCAAAAACAAACAGAAACUCAAGUUCAAAAAACACACAAAGUCAAGUUAACCAAACACGCAACUCAAGUUCAAACACGACACAAAUUCAGGUCUACCAAAAACCACAAACUCAAUUUCAACCAACACCUGAUUCUAAGGUUUAACAAUUUCCACAACCUCAAGUUCAAAAACAACAGAAACUCAAGUUCAAAAAACACAUCAACUCAAGUUCACCAAAUACCCAAAUUCAAGUUCACAAACACCAAAAACUCAAUUCAAAAACACAACAAACUCAAGUUCAAAAACACCACAAACUAAAGUUAAAAAAAACACAAACUCAAGUUCAACAAACACACAAACUCAAGUUCAAAAACACCAAAAACUCAAGUUCAAAGACAAUACAAACUCAAGUUCACCAAACACGCAACUCAAGUUCAACCAAAACCUGAUUCUCAAGUUUAACCUUUUCCACAACCUCAAGUUAAAAAAAAAAGAAACUCAAGUUCAAUAAUCACACAAUCUCAAGUUCACCAAACACGAAACAAACUCAAGUUCAAACACGACACAAACUCCAGUUCAAACACAACACAAACUCAAGUUCAACAAACACACAAACUCAAGUUCAAAAACGACACAAACUCCAGUUCAAACACGGCACAAACUCAAGUUCAACAAACACGCAACUCAAGUUCAACCAACACCUGAUUCUCAAGUUUAACCAUUUCCACAACCUCAAGUUCAAAAACAACAGAAACUCAAGUUCAAAAAACACACAAACUCAAGUUCACCAACCACGCAACUCUAGUUUAAACACAACAGAAACUCAAGUUCAACAAACACUAAAACUCAAGUUCAAAAACACCACAAAAUCAAGUUCAAACACGACAAAAAACUCAAGUUCAACAAACAGACUAACUCAAGUUCAACCAACACCUGAUUCUCGAGUUUAACAAUUUCCACAACCUCAAGUUCAAAAACAAACAGAAACUCAAGUUCAAAAAACACACAAAGUCAAGUUAACCAAACACGCAACUCAAGUUCAAACACGACACAAAUUCAGGUCUACCAAAAACCACAAACUCAAUUUCAACCAACACCUGAUUCUAAGGUUUAACAAUUUCCACAACCUCAAGUUCAAAAACAACAGAAACUCAAGUUCAAAAAACACACAAACUCAAGUUCACCAACCACGCAACUCUAGUUUAAACACAACAGAAACUCAAGUUCAACAAACACUAAAACUCAAGUUCAAAAACACCACAAACUCAAGUUCAAACACGACAAAAAACUCAAGUUCAACAAACAGACUAACUCAAGUUCAACCAACACCUGAUUCUCGAGUUUAACAAUUUCCACAACCUCAAGUUCAAAAACAAACAGAAACUCAAGUUAAAAAAACACACAAAGUCAAGUUAACCAAACACGCAACUCAAGUUCAAACACGACACAAAUUCAGGUCUACCAAAAACCACAAACUCAAUUUCAACCAACACCUGAUUCUAAGGUUUAACAAUUUCCACAACCUCAAGUUCAAAAACAACAGAAACUCAAGUUCAAAAAACACAUCAACUCAAGUUCACCAAAUACCCAAAUUCAAGUUCACAAACACCAAAAACUCAAUUCAAAAACACAACAAACUCAAGUUCAAAAACACAAAAAACUCAAGUUCAACCAAUACCCAAUUCUCAAGUUCAGCAAUGUCCACAACCUCAAGUUAAAAAAAAACACAAACUCAAGUUAAAAAAAACCACAAACUCAAGUUCAAAAAAACCAAAAACUCAAGUACAAACACAACACAAAGUCAAGUUCAACAAACGCCAGGAACUCAAGUUCAAACACGAAACAAAGUCAAGUUCAAAAACACCACAAACUCAAAUAAAAAAAACACAAACUCAAGUUCACCAAACAUGCAAACUCAAGUUCAAAAACACCACAAACUCAAGAUCAAACACGACACAAACUCAAAUUCAAAAACAACAAUGACUCAAGUUCAACCAACACCCAAUUCUCAAGUUUAACAAUUUCCAAAACGUCAAGUUCAAAAACAACACAGACUCAAGUUCAAAAACACCACAAACUCAAGUUCAAACACGACACAAACUCAGGUCUACCAAAAACCACAAACUCAAGUUCAACCAACACCUGAUUCUCAAGUUUAAAAAUUUUCACAAACUCAAGUUCAACAAAUGCCAAAAACUCAAGUUCAAACACGAAACAAACUCAAGUUCAAAAACACCACAAACUCAAGUUCAAACACGACACAAACUCAGGUCUACCAAAAACCACAAACUCAAGUUCAACCACAACCCAUAUCUCAAGUUUAACAAUUGCCACAACCUCAAGUUCAAAAAACACACAAACUCAAGUUCAAACACACGACAAACUCAAGUUUAAACACGACACAAACUCAAGUUCAAAAACAAAAAAAACUCAAGUUCAAAAAAAUACUCAAUUCUGAAGUUAAACAAUUUCCACAACCUCAAGUUCAAACAUAUCAUAAACCCAAGUUCAAAAACACCACAAACUCAAGCUCAAACACAACACAAACUCAAGCUCAAACACAACACAAACUCAAGUUCAAACACAACACAAACUCAAGUUCAACCAACACACAAACUCAAGUUCAAAAACACCACAAACUCAAGUUCAAAAACACCACAAACUCAAGUUCAAACACGACACAAACUCAGGUCUACCAAAAACCACAAACUCAAGUUCAACCAACACCUGAUUCUCAAGUUUAAAAAUUUUCACAAACUCAAGUUCAACAAAUGCCAAAAACUCAAGUUCAAACACGAAACAAACUCAAGUUCAAAAACACCACAAACUCAAGUUCAAACACGACACAAACUCAGGUCUACCAAAAACCACAAACUCAAGUUCAACCACAACCCAUAUCUCAAGUUUAACAAUUGCCACAACCUCAAGUUCAAAAAACACACAAACUCAAGUUCAAACACACGACAAACUCAAGUUUAAACACGACACAAACUCAAGUUCAAAAACAAAAAAAACUCAAGUUCAAAAAAAUACUCGAUUCUGAAGUUAAACAAUUUCCACAACCUCAAGUUCAAACAUAUCAUAAACUCAAGUUCAAAAACACCACAAACUCAAGCUCAAACACAACACAAGCUCAAGUUCAAACACAACACAAACUCAAGUUCAACCAACACACAAACUCAAGUUCAAAAACACCACAAACUCAAGUUCAAACACGACACGAACUCAAGUUCAACAAACACAAUAACUCAAGUUUAACCAAUUCCCAAAUCUCAAGUUUAAAAAUUGCAACAACCUCAAGUUCAACAAAACACACAAACUCAAGUUCAAACACACCACAAACUCAAGUUCAAAAACACCACAAACUCAAGUUCAAACAUGACACGAACUCAAGUUCAAACACGAAACAAGCUCAAGUUCAACAAACACACAAACUCAAGUUCAACCAACACCCAAAUCUCAAGUUUAACAAUUUCCACAACCUCCAGUUCAAAUACAACACAGACUCAAGUUCAAAAACACUACAACUCAAGUUGUACACAAACUCAAGUUCAACAAAAACCACAAACUCAAAUUCAACCAACACCUGAUUCUCAAGUUUAAAAAUUUUCACAACCUCAAGUUCAAAAAACACACAAACUCAAGUUCAACAAACAACAAGAACUCAAGAUCAAACACGACACAAACUCAAGUUCAACCAACACCCAAAUCUCAAGUUUAACAAUUGCCACAACCUCAAGUUCAAAAAAACACACAAACGCAAGUUCAAACACACCACAAACUCAAGUUCAAACACGACACAAACUCAAGUUGAACCAACACUCAAAUCUAAAGUUUAACAAUUUCCACAACCUCAAGUUCAAAAACAACAGAAACUCAAGUUCAAACACGAGACAAACUCAAGUUCAACAAACACACAUACUCAAGUUCAAACACGACACAAACUCAAGUUCAACAAACACACAAACUCAAGUUUAACAAUUCCCACAACCUCAAGUUCAAAAAAUUACACACCCUCAAGUUCAAAAACACCACAAACUCAAGUUCAAACACGCCACAAACUCAAGUUUAAAUAUGAAAAAAAACUCAAGUUCAAAAAUACCACAAAUUCAAGUUCAAACACAACACAAACUCAAGUUCAACAAACAUACAAACUCAAGUUCAAAAAACACACAAACUCAAGUUCAAAAACACCACAAACUCAAGUUCAAAAAACACACAAACUCAAGUACAACCAACACACAAAUCUCAAGUUUUACAAUUGCCACAACCUCAAGUUCAACAAACACACGAACUCAAGUUCAAAUACACCACAAACUCAAGUUCAAACACGGCACAAACUCAAGUUCAACCAACACCUGAUUCUCAAGUUUAUAAAUUUUCACAACCUCAAUUUCAAAAAACACACAAACUCAAGUUCAACAAACAACACGAACUCAAGUUCAAACACGACACAAACUCAAGUUGAACCAACACUCAAAUCUCAAGUUUAACAAAUGCCACAACCUAAAGUUCAUCAAACAAAUCAACUCAAGUUCAAACACACAACAAACUCAAGUUCAAACAUGACACAAACUCAAGUUCAAAAAGUCAAGUACAGCCAAUACCCAAUUCUCAAGUUUGACAAUUUCCACAACCUCAAGUUCAAAAGCAACACAGACUCAAGUUCAAACACGACACAUGCUCAAGUUCAACAAACCCCACAAACUCAAGUUCAACAACUGCCACCAAGUAAAGUUCACUAAAAACCAUAAACUCAAGUUCAACAAUUGACAGAAAACUUAAGUUCAAAAAACACACAAACUCUAGUUCAAAAACACCACAAACUCAUGUUCAAACAUGACAAAGUCAAGUUCAACCAACACUCAAAUCUCAAAUUAAACAAUAUCCAAAACCGCAAGUUCAAAAACAACAGAAACUCAAGUUCAAACACACCACAAACUCAAGUUCAACAAACACACAAUCCUCAAGUUCAACAAUUGCCACAACCUAAAGUUCAGAAACACCCCCAACUCAAGUUCAAACAAGACACAAACUCAAGUACAACAAACGCUACAAACUAAAGUUCAGUGAAAAAUACAGACUCAAGUUCAACAAUUGCCACAAACUCAAGUUCAAAAACACACAAACUCAAGUUAAAAAACUGCCGAAACUGAAGUUCAACGAACACCACAAACUCAAGAUCAACAAAUUUCAAAGUUUGAAGUUCAACCAACACCCAAAUAUCAAGUUUAACAAUUUCCACAACUUCAAGUUCAACAAACACACAAACUCAAGUUCAAAAACACCACAAACUCAAUUUCUUAACAACACAAACUCAAGUUCAAAAAACACACAAGCUCAAGUUCAAAAACACCCCAAACUGAAGUUCAAACAUGAAACAAAGUCAAGUUCAACCAAAUCCCAAAUCUCAAGUUCAACAAUUUCCACAACCUCAAGUUCAAAAACGACAGAAACUCAAGUUAAAACACGCCAAAAACCCAAGUUCAACCAACACCCAAAUCUCAAGUUUAACAAUUGCCACAAACCUAAGUUCAAAAACACCACAAACUCAAGUUCAAACCAGACACAAACUCAAGUUCAAAAAACACACAAACUCAAGUUCAACAAACAACAAGAACUCAAGAUCAAACACGACACAAACUCAAGUUCAACCAACACCCAAAUCUCAAGUUUAACAAUUGCCACAACCUCAAGUUCAAAAACAACAGAAACUCAAGUUCAAACACACAACAAACUCAAGUUCAAACACGAAACAAGCUCAAGUUCAACAAACACACAAACUCAAGUUCAACCAACACAAACUCAAGUUCAAAAAACACACAAGCUCAAGUUCAAAAACACCCCAAACUGAAGUUCAAACAUGAAACAAAGUCAAGUUCAACCAAAUCCCAAAUCUGAAGUUCAACAAUUUCCACAACCUCAAGUUCAAAAACGACAGAAACUCAAGUUAAAACACGCCAAAAACCCAAGUUCAACCAACACCCAAAUCUCAAGUUUAACAAUUGCCACAAACCUAAGUUCAAAAACACCACAAACUCAAGUUCAAACCAGACACAAACUCAAGUUCAAAAAACACACAAACUCAAGUUCACCAACCACGCAACUCUAGUUUAAACACAACAGAAACUCAAGUUCAACAAACACUAAAACUCAAGUUCAAAAACACCACAAACUCAAGUUCAAACACGACAAAACACUCAAGUUCAACAAACAGACUAACUCAAGUUCAACCAACACCUGAUUCUCGAGUUUAACAAUUUCCACAACCUCAAGUUCAAAAACAAACAGAAACUCAAGUUCAAAAAACACACAAAGUCAAGUUAACCAAACACGCAACUCAAGUUCAAACACGACACAAAUUCAGGUCUACCAAAAACCACAAACUCAAUUUCAACCAACACCUGAUUCUAAGGUUUAACAAUUUCCACAACCUCAAGUUCAAAAACAACAGAAACUCAAGUUAAAAAAACACACAAACUCAAGUUCACCAACCACGCAACUCUAGUUUAAACACAACAGAAACUCAAGUUCAACAAACACUAAAACUCAAGUUCAAAAACACCACAAACUCAAGUUCAAACACGACAAAAAACUCAAGUUCAACAAACAGACUAACUCAAGUUCAACCAACACCUGAUUCUCGAGUUUAACAAUUUCCACAACCUCAAGUUCAAAAACAAACAGAAACUCAAGUUAAAAAAACACACAAAGUCAAGUUAACCAAACACGCAACUCAAGUUCAAACACGACACAAAUUCAGGUCUACCAAAAACCACAAACUCAAUUUCAACCAACACCUGAUUCUAAGGUUUAACAAUUUCCACAACCUCAAGUUCAAAAACAACAGAAACUCAAGUUCAAAAAACACAUCAACUCAAGUUCACCAAAUACCCAAAUUCAAGUUCACAAACACCAAAAACUCAAUUCAAAAACACAACAAACUCAAGUUCAAAAACACAAAAAACUCAAGUUAAAAAAAACACAAACUCAAGUUCAACAAACACACAAACUCAAGUUCAAAAACACCAAAAACUCAAAUUCAAAGACAAUACAAACUCAAGUUCACCAAACACGCAACUCAAGUUCAACCAAAACCUGAUUCUCAAGUUUAACCUUUUCCACAACCUCAAGUUAAAAAAAAAAAGAAACUCAAGUUCAAUAAUCACACAAUCUCAAGUUCACCAAACACGAAACAAACUCAAGUUCAAACACGACACAAACUCCAGUUCAAACACAACACAAACUCAAGUUCAACAAACACACAAACUCAAGUUCAAAAACGACACAAACUCCAGUUCAAACACGGCACAAACUCAAGUUCAACAAACACGCAACUCAAGUUCAACCAACACCUGAUUCUCAAGUUUAACCAUUUCCACAACCUCAAGUUCAAAAACAACAGAAACUCAAGUUCAAAAAACACACAAACUCAAGUUCACCAACCACGCAACUCUAGUUUAAACACAACAGAAACUCAAGUUCAACAAACACUAAAACUCAAGUUCAAAAACACCACAAACUCAAGUUCAAACACGACAAAAAAACUCAAGUUCAACAAACAGACUAACUCAAGUUCAACCAACACCUGAUUCUCGAGUUUAACAAUUUCCACAACCUCAAGUUCAAAAACAAACAGAAACUCAAGUUAAAAAAACACACAAAGUCAAGUUAACCAAACACGCAACUCAAGUUCAAACACGACACAAAUUCAGGUCUACCAAAAACCACAAACUCAAUUUCAACCAACACCUGAUUCUAAGGUUUAACAAUUUCCACAACCUCAAGUUCAAAAACAACAGAAACUCAAGUUCAAAAAACACAUCAACUCAAGUUCACCAAAUACCCAAAUUCAAGUUCACAAACACCAAAAACUCAAUUCAAAAACACAACAAACUCAAGUUCAAAAACACAAAAAACUCAAGUUCAACCAAUACCCAAUUCUCAAGUUCAGCAAUGUCCACAACCUCAAGUUAAAAAAAACCACAAACUCAAGUUAAAAAAAACCACAAACUCAAGUUCAAAAAAACCAAAAACUCAAGUACAAACACAACACAAAGUCAAGUUCAACAAACACCAGGAACUCAAGUUCAAACACGAAACAAAGUCAAGUUCAAAAACACCACAAACUCAAAUAAAAAAAACCACAAACUCAAGUUCACCAAACAUGCAAACUCAAGUUCAAAAACACCACAAACUCAAGAUCAAACACGACACAAACUCAAAUUCAAAAACAACAAUGACUCAAGUUCAACCAACACCCAAUUCUCAAGUUUAACAGUUUCCAAAACGUCAAGUUCAAAAACAACACAGACUCAAGUUCAAAAACACCACAAACUCAAGUUCAAACACGACACAAACUCAGGUCUACCAAAAACCACAAACUCAAGUUCAACCAACACCUGAUUCUCAAGUUUAAAAAUUUUCACAAACUCAAGUUCAACAAAUGCCAAAAACUCAAGUUCAAACACGAAACAAACUCAAGUUCAAAAACACCACAAACUCAAGUUCAAACACGACACAAACUCAGGUCUACCAAAAACCACAAACUCAAGUUCAACCACAACCCAUAUCUCAAGUUUAACAAUUGCCACAACCUCAAGUUCAAAAAACACACAAACUCAAGUUCAAACACACGACAAACUCAAGUUUAAACACGACACAAACUCAAGUUCAAAAACAAAAAAAACUCAAGUUCAAAAAAAUACUCAAUUCUGAAGUUAAACAAUUUCCACAACCUCAAGUUCAAACAUAUCAUAAACCCAAGUUCAAAAACACCACAAACUCAAGCUCAAACACAACACAAACUCAAGCUCAAACACAACACAAACUCAAGUUCAAACACAACACAAACUCAAGUUCAACCAACACACAAACUCAAGUUCAAAAACACCACAAACUCAAGUUCAAAAACACCACAAACUCAAGUUCAAACACGACACAAACUCAGGUCUACCAAAAACCACAAACUCAAGUUCAACCAACACCUGAUUCUCAAGUUUAAAAAUUUUCACAAACUCAAGUUCAACAAAUGCCAAAAACUCAAUUUCAAACACGAAACAAACUCAAGUUCAAAAACACCACAAACUCAAGUUCAAACACGACACAAACUCAGGUCUACCAAAAACCACAAACUCAAGUUCAACCACAACCCAUAUCUCAAGUUUAACAAUUGCCACAACCUCAAGUUCAAAAAACACACAAACUCAAGUUCAAACACACGACAAACUCAAGUUUAAACACGACACAAACUCAAGUUCAAAAACAAAAAAAACUCAAGUUCAAAAAAAUACUCAAUUCUGAAGUUAAACAAAUUCCACAACCUCAAGUUCAAACAUAUCAUAAACCCAAGUUCAAAAACACCACAAACUCAAGCUCAAACACAACACAAACUCAAGCUCAAACACAACACAAACUCAAGUUCAUACACAACACAAACUCAAGUUCAACCAACACACAAACUCAAGUUCAAAAACACCACAAACUCAAGUUCAAAAACACCACAAACUCAAGUUCAAAAACACCACAAACUCAAGUUCAAACACGACACAAACUCAGCUCUACCAAAAACCACAAACUCAAGUUCAACCAACACCUGAUUCUCAAGUUUAAAAAUUUUCACAAACUCAAGUUCAACAAAUGCCAAAAACUCAAGUUCAAACACGAAACAAACUCAAGUUCAAAAACACCACAAACUCAAGUUCAAACACGACACAAACUCAGGUCUACCAAAAACCACAAACUCAAGUUCAACCACAACCCAUAUCUCAAGUUUAACAAUUGCCACAACCUCAAGUUCAAAAAACACACAAACUCAAGUUCAAACACACGACAAACUCAAGUUUAAACACGACACAAACUCAAGUUCAAAAACAAAAAAAACUCAAGUUCAAAAAAAUACUCAAUUCUGAAGUUAAACAAUUUCCACAACCUCAAGUUCAAACAUAUCAUAAACUCAAGUUCAAAAACACCACAAACUCAAGCUCAAACACAACACAAGCUCAAGUUCAAACACAACACAAACUCAAGUUCAAACACAACACAAACUCAAGUUCAACCAACACACAAACUCAAGUUCAAAAACACCACAAACUCAAGUUCAAACACGACACGAACUCAAGUUCAACAAACACAAUAACUCAAGUUUAACCAAUUCCCAAAUCUCAAGUUUAAAAAUUGCAACAACCUCAAGUUCAACAAAACACACAAACUCAAGUUCAAACACACCACAAACUCAAGUUCAAAAACACCACAAACUCAAGUUCAAACAUGACACGAACUCAAGUUCAAACACGAAACAAGCUCAAGUUCAAACACGACACAAACUCAAGUUGAACCAACACUCAAAUCUAAAGUUUAACAAUUUCCACAACCUCAAGUUCAAAAACAACAGAAACUCAAGUUCAAACACAAGACAAACUCAAGUUCAACAAACACACAUACUCAAGUUCAAACACGACACAAACUCAAGUUCAACAAACACACAAACUCAAGUUUAACAAUUCCCACAACCUCAAGUUCAAAAAAUUACACACCCUCAAGUUCAAAAACACCACAAACUCAAGUUCAAACACGCCACAAACUCAAGAUCAAACACGACACAAACUCAAAUUCAAAAACAACAAUGACUCAAGUUCAACCAACACCCAAUUCUCAAGUUUAACAAUUUCCAAAACGUCAAGUUCAAAAACAACACAGACUCAAAUUCAAAAACACCACAAACUCAAGUUCAAACACGACACAAACUCAGGUCUACCAAAAACCACAAACUCAAGUUCAACCAACACCUGAUUCUCAAGUUUAAAAAUUUUCACAAACUCAAGUUCAACAAAUGCCAAAAACUCAAGUUCAAACACGAAACAAACUCAAGUUCAAAAACACCACAAACUCAAGUUCAAACACGACACAAACUCAGGUCUACCAAAAACCACAAACUCAAGUUCAACCACAACCCAUAUCUCAAGUUUAACAAUUGCCACAACCUCAAGUUCAAAAAACACACAAACUCAAGUUCAAACACACGACAAACUCAAGUUUAAACACGACACAAACUCAAGUUCAAAAACAAAAAAAACUCAAGUUCAAAAAAAUACUCAAUUCUGAAGUUAAACAAUUUCCACAACCUCAAGUUCAAACAUAUCAUAAACUCAAGUUCAAAAACACCACAAACUCAAGCUCAAACACAAUACAAACUCAAGUUCAAACACAACACAAACUCAAGUUCAACCAACACACAAACUCAAGUUCAAAAACACCACAAACUCAAGUUCAAACACGACACGAACUCAAGUUCAACAAACACAAUAACUCAAGUUUAACCAAUUCCCAAAUCUCAAGUUUAAAAAUUGCAACAACCUCAAGUUCAACAAAACACACAAACUCAAGUUCAAACACACCACAAACUCAAGUUCAAAAACACCACAAACUCAAGUUCAAACAUGACACGAACUCAAGUUCAAACACGAAACAAGCUCAAGUUCAACAAACACACAAACUCAAGUUCAACCAACACCCAAAUCUCAAGUUUAACAAUUUCCACAACCUCCAGUUCAAAUACAACACAGACUCAAGUUCAAAAACACUACAACUCAAGUUGUACACAAACUCAAGUUCAACAAAAACCACAAACUCAAAUUCAACCAACACCUGAUUCUCAAGUUUAAAAAUUUUCACAACCUCAAGUUCAAAAAACACACAAACUCAAGUUCAACAAACAACAAGAACUCAAGAUCAAACACGACACAAACUCAAGUUCAACCAACACCCAAAUCUCAAGUUUAACAAUUGCCACAACCUCAAGUUCAAAAAAACACACAAACGCAAGUUCAAACACACCACUAACUCAAGUUCAAACACGACACAAACUCAAGUUGAACCAACACUCAAAUCUAAAGUUUAACAAUUUCCACAACCUCAAGUUCAAAAACAACAGAAACUCAAGUUCAAACACGAGACAAACUCAAGUUCAACAAACACACAUACUCAAGUUCAAACACGACACAAACUCAAGUUCAACAAACACACAAACUCAAGUUUAACAAUUCCCACAACCUCAAGUUCAAAAAAUUACACACCCUCAAGUUCAAAAACACCACAAACUCAAGUUCAAACACGCCACAAACUCAAGUUUAAAUAUGAAAAAAAACUCAAGUUCAAAAAUACCACAAAUUCAAGUUCAAACACAACACAAACUCAAGUUCAACAAACAUACAAACUCAAGUUCAAAAAACACACAAACUCAAGUUCAAAAACACCACAAACUCAAGUUCAAAAAACACACAAACUCAAGUACAACCAACACACAAAUCUCAAGUUUUACAAUUGCCACAACCUCAAGUUCAACAAACACACGAACUCAAGUUCAAAUACACCACAAACUCAAGUUCAAACACGGCACAAACUCAAGUUCAACCAACACCUGAUUCUCAAGUUUAUAAAUUUUCACAACCUCAAUUUCAAAAAACACACAAACUCAAGUUCAACAAACAACACGAACUCAAGUUCAAACACGACACAAACUCAAGUUGAACCAACACUCAAAUCUCAAGUUUAACAAAUGCCACAACCUAAAGUUCAUCAAACAAAUCAACUCAAGUUCAAACACACAACAAACUCAAGUUCAAACAUGACACAAACUCAAGUUCAAAAAGUCAAGUACAGCCAAUACCCAAUUCUCAAGUUUGACAAUUUCCACAACCUCAAGUUCAAAAGCAACACAGACUCAAGUUCAAACACGACACAUGCUCAAGUUCAACAAACCCCACAAACUCAAGUUCAACAACUGCCACCAAGUAAAGUUCACUAAAAACCAUAAACUCAAGUUCAACAAUUGACAGAAAACUUAAGUUCAAAAAACACACAAACUCUAGUUCAAAAACACCACAAACUCAUGUUCAAACAUGACAAAGUCAAGUUCAACCAACACUCAAAUCUCAAAUUAAACAAUAUCCAAAACCGCAAGUUCAAAAACAACAGAAACUCAAGUUCAAACACACCACAAACUCAAGUUCAACAAACACACAAUCCUCAAGUUCAACAAUUGCCACAACCUAAAGUUCAGAAACACCCCCAACUCAAGUUCAAACAAGACACAAACUCAAGUACAACAAACGCUACAAACUAAAGUUCAGUGAAAAAUACAGACUCAAGUUCAACAAUUGCCACAAACUCAAGUUCAAAAACACACAAACUCAAGUUAAAAAACUGCCGAAACUGAAGUUCAACGAACACCACAAACUCAAGAUCAACAAAUUUCAAAGUUUGAAGUUCAACCAACACCCAAAUAUCAAGUUUAACAAUUUCCACAACUUCAAGUUCAACAAACACACAAACUCAAGUUCAAAAACACCACAAACUCAAUUUCUUAACAACACAAACUCAAGUUCAAAAAACACACAAGCUCAAGUUCAAAAACACCCCAAACUGAAGUUCAAACAUGAAACAAAGUCAAGUUCAACCAAAUCCCAAAUCUCAAGUUCAACAAUUUCCACAACCUCAAGUUCAAAAACGACAGAAACUCAAGUUAAAACACGCCAAAAACCCAAGUUCAACCAACACCCAAAUCUCAAGUUUAACAAUUGCCACAAACCUAAGUUCAAAAACACCACAAACUCAAGUUCAAACCAGACACAAACUCAAGUUAAAAAAACACACAAACUCAAGUUCAACAAACAACAAGAACUCAAGAUCAAACACGACACAAACUCAAGUUCAACCAACACCCAAAUCUCAAGUUUAACAAUUGCCACAACCUCAAGUUCAAAAACAACAGAAACUCAAGUUCAAACACACAACAAACUCAAGUUCAAACAUGACACAAACUCAAGUUCAAAAACUCAAGUUCAGCCAAUACCCAAUUCUCAAGUUUAACAAUUUCCACAACCUCAAGUUCAAAAGCAACACAGACUCAAGUUCAAAAACACCACAAACUCAAGUUCAAACACGACACAAGCUCAAGCUCAACAAACCCCUCAAACUCAAGUUCAAACACAACACAUGCUCAAGUUCAACAAACCCCACAAACUCAAGUUCAACAACUUCCACCAAGUAAAGUUCACUAAAAACCAUAAACUCAAGUUCAACAAUUGACAGAAAACUUAAGUUCAAAAAACACACAAACUCUAGUUCAAAAACACCACAAACUCAAGUUCAAACAUGACAAAGUCAAGUUCAACCAACACUCAAAUCUCAAAUUAAACAAUAUCCAAAACCGCAAGUUCAAAAACAACAGAAACUCAAGUUCAAACACGCCACAAACUCAAGUUCAACAAAUGUAAAAGUUUUAAGUUCAACCAAAACCAUAAUCUCAAGUUUAACAAUUUCAACAACCUCAAGUUCAAAAACAACAGAAACUCAAGUUCAAACACGAGACAAACUCAAGUUCAACAAACACACAAUCCUCAAGUUCAACAAUUGCCACAACCUAAAGUUCAAAAACACCCCCAACUCAAGUUCAAACAAGACACAAACUCAAGUACAACAAACGCCACAAACUCAAGUACAACAAACGCUACAAACUAAAGUUCAGUGAAAAAUACAGGCUCAAGUUCAACAAUUGCCACAAACUCAAGUUCAACAAAUGACCUAAACUCACAUUUAACAAUUGCCAAAAACUCAAGUUCAACAAACUCAAGUUCAAAAAUUGCCACCAAGUAAAGUUCACUAAAAACCAUAAACUCAAGUUCAACAAUUGACAGAAAACUUAAGUUCAAAAAACACACAAACUCUAGUUCAAAAACACCACAAACUCAUGUUCAAACAUGACAAAGUCAAGUUCAACCAACACUCAAAUCUCAAAUUAAACAAUAUCCAAAACCGCAAGUUCAAAAACAACAGAAACUCAAGUUCAAACACACCACAAACUCAAGUUCAACAAACACACAAUCCUCAAGUUCAACAAUUGCCACAACCUAAAGUUCAGAAACACCCCCAACUCAAGUUCAAACAAGACACAAACUCAAGUACAACAAACGCUACAAACUAAAGUUCAGUGAAAAAUACAGACUCAAGUUCAACAAUUGCCACAAACUCAAGUUCAAAAACACACAAACUCAAGUUAAAAAACUGCCGAAACUGAAGUUCAACGAACACCACAAACUCAAGAUCAACAAAUUUCAAAGUUUGAAGUUCAACCAACACCCAAAUAUCAAGUUUAACAAUUUCCACAACUUCAAGUUCAACAAACACACAAACUCAAGUUCAAAAACACCACAAACUCAAUUUCUUAACAACACAAACUCAAGUUCAAAAAACACACAAGCUCAAGUUCAAAAACACCCCAAACUGAAGUUCAAACAUGAAACAAAGUCAAGUUCAACCAAAUCCCAAAUCUCAAGUUCAACAAUUUCCACAACCUCAAGUUCAAAAACGACAGAAACUCAAGUUAAAACACGCCAAAAACCCAAGUUCAACCAACACCCAAAUCUCAAGUUUAACAAUUGCCACAAACCUAAGUUCAAAAACACCACAAACUCAAGUUCAAACCAGACACAAACUCAAGUUCAAAAAACACACAAACUCAAGUUCAACAAACAACAAGAACUCAAGAUCAAACACGACACAAACUCAAGUUCAACCAACACCCAAAUCUCAAGUUUAACAAUUGCCACAACCUCAAGUUCAAAAACAACAGAAACUCAAGUUCAAACACACAACAAACUCAAGUUCAAACAUGACACAAACUCAAGUUCAAAAACUCAAGUUCAGCCAAUACCCAAUUCUCAAGUUUAACAAUUUCCACAACCUCAAGUUCAAAAGCAACACAGACUCAAGUUCAAAAACACCACAAACUCAAGUUCAAACACGACACAAGCUCAAGCUCAACAAACCCCUCAAACUCAAGUUCAAACACAACACAUGCUCAAGUUCAACAAACCCCACAAACUCAAGUUCAACAACUUCCACCAAGUAAAGUUCACUAAAAACCAUAAACUCAAGUUCAACAAUUGACAGAAAACUUAAGUUCAAAAAACACACAAACUCUAGUUCAAUAACACCACAAACUCAAGUUCAAACAUGACAAAGUCAAGUUCAACCAACACUCAAAUCUCAAAUUAAACAAUAUCCAAAACCGCAAGUUCAAAAACAACAGAAACUCAAGUUCAAACACGCCACAAACUCAAGUUCAACAAAUGUAAAAGUUUUAAGUUCAACCAAAACCAUAAUCUCAAGUUUAACAAUUUCAACAACCUCAAGUUCAAAAACAACAGAAACUCAAGUUCAAACACGAGACAAACUCAAGUUCAACAAACACACAAUCCUCAAGUUCAACAAUUGCCACAACCUAAAGUUCAAAAACACCCCCAACUCAAGUUCAAACAAGACACAAACUCAAGUACAACAAACGCCACAAACUCAAGUACAACAAACGCUACAAACUAAAGUUCAGUGAAAAAUACAGGCUCAAGUUCAACAAUUGCCACAAACUCAAGUUCAACAAAUGACCUAAACUCACAUUUAACAAUUGCCAAAAACUCAAGUUCAACAAACUCAAGUUCAAAAAUUGCCACAAACUCAAGUUCAAAAACACACAAACUCAAGUUAAAAAAAUGCUGAAACUGAAGUUCAACGAACACCACAAACUCAAGAUCAACAAAUUCCAAAGUUUGAAGUUCAACCAACACCCAAAUCUCAAGUUUAACAAUUGCCACAACCUCAAGUUCAACAAACACACAAACUCAAGUUCAAUCAAUACCCAAUUCUCAAGUUUAACAAUUUCCACAACCUCAAGUUCAACAAACUCAAGUUCAAAAAUUGCAAAAAAUCAAGUUCAAAUACGACACAAACUCAAGUUCAACCAACACCCAAAUCUCAAGUUUAACAUUUGCCAAAACCUCAAGUUCAAAAACAACACAAACUCAAGUUCAAACACGCCUAAAACUCAAGUUCAACAAACACACAAACUCAAGUUCAAAAACACCACAAAUUCAAGUUCAAACAUGUCACAAACUCAAGUUCAACAAACACAGAAACUCAAGUCAACCAAUACCCAAAUAUGAAGCUCAGCGUUAAGGGGUGUUCAGACCAAACGCUACUUCGGUGACGUCGGCGAUGGCUCCCAAUGCAAAGUCUAUGGACAGCCGCGACCUGACGCGACUUGGCGACCGCUGGCUACCUGCGUCGCGUUGCCGAGGUUGCGUUGCCGAGGUCGCAGGACGCCAAGUCUCGUCGCUCCCAAAGUUCAAAUAUUUGAACUGGGCUGCGGGAUGUAUAUAUGAGGGAGAAAAGGAGGGAGAUGGAAGGUAGGAGAAGCGGGUCAGCAGCGACCAGCCGUGUCCUGCGACCGCAGCUUUGGACCCGGUGUGAACACACCAGAGCACCACGCGACGCGACGCGACCUGGUCGCGGCUGCAAUUACACCUAAUCCGCGGAGCCAAAUCCUUGCAGGUACUGACAUUAGUCUUGCUGUGCUCAGACUACAAUGAUAGACGCAUUGUGGAUUGCGGAGAUGAGCCUGUGAUGCUUAAAUAUCGUGAUGCCCGGCUGUUUAAAUCUCCGACCUUGGCUGAAUUCAUAGCUUUCAGCGUAUUUGUAGAUGUCAUAUGUAAAGUGUUUUCAGCACGCAGAACUGAACUGGACACAUAUCUCGCCAUUAUUUCUGAUUCAGCCAUGACAUAGGGAGGAUCAUUAUUCUAGGAACAUUACAAAUCAUUUUCAGCAAAGCUGCUAAGUACAUUCAAAGAUUCAGCCAAAGACUUGAUCAGUCCGUAGUCGACCUGGCUCUAAUCAGUUAACAACUCACCGAGCAUCAAGCUUUUUCCUGCUUAAUCUGCGGGUCUUUCUCUCACCUGGAGGUGAAAGUAAGCCAUUACGCAGCAGUACGCCAUUUCGGGAAGACAUAAUCAGCUGUUUAAAGUUUUCACCCCUGUCAUGUAUCUAGGCUUAGUCUGUUGCUGCACAUCAGUCUGCACUCUGCGUUAUAACCGAAGUAAUCCAAUAGGACCAUGCCGCUUGAGAGUGAGUGGUAUUUGCUUACAAAUAAACUCCAAGUGGGAGCACCAGUGCGCACUUUUGAUUGGACGCUGGUUGCCUAGGUGCAGGGGCCCGCCUUCCGCCUUUUGCGGAAGGAGGGAACUUUUAAAGAGUCAGCUGCUUCAAUCUUAAUGCAGAAAUAAGACAAAAUGCAGAGGAAAAUAAUAAUAAUAAUAAUAAUAAUAAUAAUAAUAAUAAUUUUAUGUUUAAGAGAGAGAUACAGCAGAUGAUGAUACUGUGGCAUCGGAGUCAGCAACUCGCUUAACUUGGGUGUGCUCCUCUUGUACAAAGUCUACGGGUACAGUACCUGGAGGAACCUUAUCCUACCUUGUCCACCCCUGCCCACACCUCUAAUCGGUGCCCUAAAACUGUGGCUACAGGCCAACCACCCAAGCCUCUCUAAGCCUACUACUCGGAGAAGCCAAGUUACUCCAGGGACGGGCAUCUGAAAUCAGCAUGCCCAUGACGCACCCACCUGGUAAAACGGGAAAGAACAAAGCUGUCUACUCUGUCAAAUGUCCUUGAGCCGGGGAAGGCACUGGCAAAGCAUUCCAACGGCUGUUCGUGAAGCCAUUCAUUCAGACUGUGUUAGUCUGAGUGCAGCCUUGCAAUCCUUAGUGCUCUCUGUUGACAGCUACUUGAGAGCUGGUUAAGCAAAAUCAGCAUUAAAGUUUAUACGAUUCUGCAUGGUCUCACUUUACCUCUUUUGUACCACCUUCUCUGUAGCCCCAACGCCCUAAAUAUAUCCAUUGUAUGUGCUUUAAUAGUCCACAGUUUUGAAUCUCGCACUUUUUUUUUUUCUAAUAUUUCCAAAACUAACUCUGUCUUUGUUCUUUAUCCUCCAUGUCCCGCUGCCUGAGAGGCCGGCCACUGGCCAGCCAGCAAGAGUCUCUCUUUGCCACUGAAGAAGGGAAACCUAUAUCCAGAUUGCAGCUUUCUGCCUGCUCUGCCAAUCCUGUUGGCUCCUACCUGAGUACAACUCUACGCAUUCACCACGCAUAGGCACAGCUACAACUGCAUCUUCCAUCGUCCCCGUCUCGACGCUCAAGGCUACGGGUCAAUGGUCCCGAUCAGCCUUUGAAUGAUACCUCAGGCCCAAGGCUAAUAUAUUAUUAUUAUUAUUAUUAGAAUAUUCCUAUGCUCGAUUAGCUACAAAAAAAAAAAAAUUGCUGCUGCUCCUUAAUUCUUUCCCAUAUCUAUUGCAUUACGCAUAUUCCCAACUAUAAAUUUGUGUAUGGAUUAAAUUAAUCCUGAUCCAUGAUCAUGUUGUGAGGGUAACCAAUACUAUGCAAGCUUUGUAGGUGGGUAGGUUGCUUCAUAGUUUCUCGCUGCUGGCUGCCCUCCCUCCCCCGUAGGUGCCUUCAUGUAGCUCAUGAAAGCUGGGGAGGGUUGCCAGUAUGGCUGCUGCUUUUUCUGCCUUGGCUUUUCAUAUAUGCACAUGAAAGGGAGGGGAGGGCAUUCCCUCUCAUUGCCUUGGGAUUCUAUGCAAGCGCAUGAGAGAGCAGGGAACUCUCAGAACAGAGCCAUACCGACAAUGUUAAAAAAAUUUUUGCUAGUAAUAAAUAAUUGAUUCUAACUAAAGUAGUCCUGACUGAAAUUAAGCAUGGCUGUAGUUCAGGCAGGACACAAGGUACAGUCAAGCUAAAGGUUAAAGCCAGCUGAUCUUAAGCUAGCCCUCAGUCAGAUGACAGCUUAGCUGAUCGCCCUCCACACAUCCUUCAGAUCGCUACACGGCUCAUUCCUUUCACAUAGGUGCAGCUACAACCGCAGCUAUGACGGCUCCUGUGUCGACCCUCAAAGCCAUGGGCCAAUAGUCGUCAGCUGCGUACAAACGCUAUCUGCGCCCCGAGGCUCGGGACAUUCUCGAAGCCCAAAAACUAUGAGUACCCAUAACUUUGGCACAUAGAUGCUAAUUAAAUGAAAUAUAUAAACAACCUGCAGAUAAAUAUCCAUGCUUGGGCAACGGGUCUCUCUAACCCGUCUUUCUUUCAGCAGCGCUCACCUCCCCUGCUAGCUCCUAGACUGCACGGCAUGGUUGUUUUUGGGGGGUUCUGUUCAUUGCUGCUCUACCCCUGCCUCCUCCGCCUUCAUGAUGGCACGUGGAGGGCGGGAAGAUGCUCUUCCUGCCGCUGGCCUUUCACCCCUGCCAACGUGGAGAACGGGGGCCCUGAACAGAACCUCGCGUGCGCUCCCUGCUAUCGCCUUUCAUGAUGGCUCGUGAAAGGCAGGAAGGGGCUCUUCCUGCCUUGGGCUUCCACACAAGCGUGUGGAAGGGCAGGGACCCGGAACAGAAUCAUGCCGCCAAAUCUAACUUGCACAAUAAAGCUAAAAAUUUGGACAAAGUGUACCUGACUGAAAUGAAGCAUAGCGUUAGUUCUGUCAGGACACAACGUCAAGCGCUGAUCCACAGCCAAUGGCUAGUAGCCACCUCAACCAGAUGAUAAUCAGCUGAUUCACACCUAGAUCCUAUUGGUUCUUUGCCUAUAGAGUGCCUUAUUUAAAACUGCACUAACCCAGCCUCUUCCUCUGCUCUGACAGCAAACCAGCAACACACUGCCACACCAGCUCCACCCUCGUGCCAGCUAAUUGCUCCGCUGUCCUUAAAGCGCUCCUGUUCCAGGGGGGGUUUGUUCAUUGCUGCUCUACCCCCGCCACCUCCGCCUUCAUGAUGGCUCAAGGAGGGCGAGUUUAACAAUUUUCACAACCUCAAGUUCAAAAAGAACACAAACUCAAGUUCAAACACGCCACGAACUCAAGUUCAACAAACAAACAAACAAACAAACUCAAACUCAAGUUCAAAAACACCACAAACUCAAGUUCAACCAACACCCAAUUCUCAAGUUCAACAAUUUCCACCAACUCAAGUUCAAAAACACCACCAACUCAAGUUCAAAAACACCACAAAGUCAAGUUCAAACAAGACACAAACUGAAGUUCAAUGAACACCACAUACAUAAGUUCAACAAAUGUCAAAGUUUUAAGUUCAACCAACACCCAAAUCUAAAGUUUAACAAUUGCCGAACCCUCAAGUAAGAAAAACAACAAAAAUUCAGGUUAAAACACGCCACAAACUCAAGCUCAACACCGCCACAAACUCAAGUUAAAAAGCACCACAAACCAAAGUUCAAACACGACACAAACUCAAGUUCAACCAAAUCCCAAAUCUCAAGUUUGACAAUUGCCACAACCUCAAGUUCAAAAACAACAGAAACUCAAGUCAAAACACGCCACAAACUCAAGUUAAACAAACACACAAACUCAAGUUCAAAAACACCACAAACUCAAGUUCAACCAACACCCAAAUCUCAAGUUUAACAAUUGCCACAAACUUAACUUCAAAAAACACACAAAAAUUCAAACUAAAGUUCAGGGAAAAAUACAGACUCAAGUUCAACAAUUGCCACAAACUCAAGUUCAACAAACACCACAAUCUUAAGUUCAAAAAAUGCCAAAAUUUCAAAUUCAACAAAUGACCUAAACUCACAUUUAACAAUUUCCAAAAACUCAAGUUCAACAAACUCAAGUUCAAAAAUUGCAACAACCUCAAGUUCAAAAAACACACAAAUUCAAGUUCAAAAACACCACAAACUCAAGUUAAAAAAAAACACAAAAAUUCAAGUUCAAAAACACCACAAACUCAAGUUAAAUGAACACCACAAAGUCAAGUUCAACAAAUGUCAAAGUUUUAAGUUCAACCAACACCCAAAUCUAAAGAUUAACAAUUGCCAAAACCUCAAGUUAAAAAACAACACAAACUCAAGUUCAAACACGCGACAAACUCAAGUUUAACAAUUGCCACCAAAUAAAGUUCACUAAAAACCAAAGACUCAAGUUCAAAACUCAAGUUCAAAAAUUGCAACAAACUCAAGUUCAAACACAACACUCAAGUUCAAACAUGACACAAACUCAAGUUCAAACACGACACAAACUCAAGUUCAAACACGACACAAACUCAAGUUCAAACAACACCCAAAUAUCAAGUUUAACAUUUGCCAAAACCUCAAGUUCAAAAACACCACAAACUCAAGUUCAACCAACACCUAAGUCACAAGUUUAACAAUUGCCACAAACUUCAGUUCAAAAAACACAAAAGCUCAAGAUCAAAAACACCACAAACUCAAGUUCAAACACGAUUCACAAACUCAGGUACAGCCAAUACCCAAUUCUCAAGUUUGACAAUUUCCACAACCUCAAGUUCAAAACCAACAGAAACUCAAGUUCAAACACGCCACAAACUCAAGUACAACAAACACCACAAACUCAAGUUCAACAAUUGCCACAAACUCAAGUUCAUCAAACACCACAAGCCUAAGUUCAAAAAAUGACAAAAUUUCAAAUUCAACAAAUGACCUAUAUUCACAUUAAACAAUUGCCAAAAACUCAAAUUCAACAAACUCAAGUUAAAAAAGUGCCACAAAAUGAAGUUCAAAAACACCACAAACUCAAAUUCAAAAAACACACAAACUCAAGUUCAAAAACACCACAAACUCAAUUUCAAACACGAUACAAACUCAAGUUCAACAAACACCACAAACUCAAGUUCAACAAAUGUCACAGUUUCAAGUUCAACCAACACCCGAUUCUCAGGUUUAACAAUUUCCACAACCUCAAGUUCAAAAAACAACACAAACUCAAGUUCAAACACGCCACAAACUCAAGUUCAACAAACGCCACAAACUCAACUUCAAAAACACCACACAAACUGAAGUUCUAAAACGACACAAACUCAAGUUCAACAAACACAACAAGUCAAGUUCAAGCAACACCCGAUUCUCAAGUUUAACAAUUUCCACAACCUCAAGUUCAAAAAACACACAAACUCAAGUUCAAAAACACCAGAACCUCAAGUUCAAAAAACAUAAUAAACUGAAGUUCAAAUAUUCCACAAACUCAAGUUCAAUGAACACCACAAACUCAAGUUCAACCAACACCCGAUUCUCAAGUUUAACAAUUGCCACAACCUCAAGUUAAAAAAAACACAAACUCAAGUUCAAACACUUCACAAACUCAAGUUCAACAAACGCCACAAACUCAAGUUCAACAAACGCCACAAACUCAAGUUCACUAAAAACCAAAGACUCAAGUUCAACAAUUGCCAAAAAAUCAAGCGAAACAAACUCAAGUUCAUAA